AUGCCGGUGUUCCGCUAUUCGCCCAAGACCGUCGUUCAAACAAGACGACGUCAAGAGGAUGCUCGUAGCAGCGGCGGAAACACAUGUCAGGCUCAAACGAGCCCACCUUUGUUAUGUGAAACUACCUUUCAUCGUUACGGGCAUCGUCGCCGGCCUCCUCGUCUAGGGAACGGGAGGGCGGAGGCUUUGCAGGCGGCGUUCGCCAAAGCCCCGCGUCCAGAGCGCGGUCUCUGA